AUGAUACAUCUCGGCGAUGUAGUGGACUCUCCACGACAAAGAGUUAGGCGACAUGGAACUGUUGAGAAGAUGUUGUGCUUGUCCGAUCCGGAGUCCAUAGUCGAGGUGGUUUGUUCAACACCAGGUGAGUCUCGAUGGCUCGAUGAUAAUCACUCGAGUGUUCCGACGUGUUACCUAGUCGGGGAACAGGAUGAGAGAGUCAGUGACGUAGAUACAGAUGUUGCGUUUGCCCUCGUGGACUCAGCUAUAUCAUAUAUAUACUUCGAUACAUUUCAAAAAGUGUUGGAUAGCACAUCAGAAAUCAUGCAUACCCACAUCGCCAUCCUGGCGUCUCUGGGGCUCCUGGGUCCAGGCCUCGCCGCACCCCUAAGUGCCAACGUCGAGAUCUCCAUCAGCGACGACACGUCCUCGUCUGUCCCUGCCUCCGCCAUCAUGAGAAAUAACCAAAAUAACUGGGAGUAUUGCUUACCAGGACGGUUCCCACCAGACUUCCCCUGCAAAGAGGAAAUCGGCGAAGGAUGGUACUAUUCAGAAAAAUCCUGUUGCCGUGAGAACGCCGAGUCAAUCUCCAACCUCCGCCAACCUCCAAUUGUUUCACCUUCCAAGGCCAAGAUCUAUCACGAUCACAAAGUCGGCGAUAUUUGUCGUCUGGAAAGGUUUCCUCCGAAUUUCCCUUGCGAUUUGGCAUUUGGUGAAGGAUGGUACUAUUCUCCUGAGCGACAUUUAUGCUGCCAAAAGUCCCCCGAAGACUCAGCGUAUGGCUCUCGUCUUAGCGACUCGCCUUACUCGGCCGUCCAGGCCCCAGCUCCCGGGCUCGAGACUGGUAGAACCCGCAACUCCUUUGAGUAUUGUCGUAACGAACGAUUCCCUCCAGAUUUCCCAUGCAGUGACUUCUUCGGUGACGGAUGGUACUACUCAGACAAGGUAAAAAUGUUUGCUGCCGCCAGGUCGCUGAGGACAGACUAUUGUCUCGUCUCAGCGAGUCUUCUCACUCUUUCCAUCAGGUCUCUGCCUCUGGGCUUAGGAGUGAUAAUUCCUUUGAGUAUUGUCGUAACGAACGAUUCCCUCCAGGUUUCCCAUGCAAUGAAGCUCUGGGCGAAGAAUGGUACUACUCAGAUGAGAAACAUGUGUGCUGCACCGAGGUCUCCAACGAGGAAUCCGUUUCCACCCUCGGCGACUCUCCUCGCUCUUCCGUCCAAGCCUCAACUUCCGGGCUCGAGAAUGGUAGAAACCGCAAUGCCUUCGAAUAUUGUCAUCCCGAAAGAUUCCCUCCCAGUUUCCCGUGCAGUACAGAGCUCGGUGAAGGAUGGUACUACCCAGAUAGGAGACAUGCUUGCUGCCGCGAGGUGGACGAGUCGGUAUCCGUUUCCCCUCUCAAAGAUUCUCGUCGCCACCCGCACCGCGUCCAAAGUACUGGCCUGGCAAAAGCCCGCCAUAGUCAUAGUUCCGACAAGCGAUGCAUUAAAGCGUACUUCCCACCCGGUUAUGACUGCGAGGCGGCGUUGGGCGAGGGAUGGUACUACUCGGACAAGGACUUCGCUUGCUGCCAGGGUAGCGACGAGGACGUCGCGUCCACGUCCAUGUCCGCGUCUCAGCUCAGACAAGCACCCAUUCAAGUCCAGAGCUCUGGACUUAAGGUUCACAGCAGCCAUAGUGCGGGGGAGAAAUGUAUUCCUGGCCAGUACCCGCCGCGCUUUCCCUGCGAUCUACAUUUCGGUGAAGGAUGGUCCUCUACAUGCUGUAUGA